CUUCGCGACUCCAGGACUUACUACAUCUUUAGCUAAUUGAUUAUGAAUUACAAGAAUUAAAUUCUCCGUAUCUCCUUAAUAUCUAUAUCCAAGCCUACAUUUCAAUCCUGAUGAGCAUGUUCAACUGGCGAGUAGUCUUGCUUAUAGCGUCGUUUGGAGGAUGGGGUGUUAUGGGACAAUCGGGGACCUCUUCUACCACAACAGACCGCCCUUCGCCUAUUACAUCUCGAGCCUCGGCUAUUACAAAAGACCCCUUUGUAGGGUUCGUCGUUGCGUUAGCUACAACCAAACCGAUAUAUUGUCCUGAUGGCGACGUAUUCACCACAUCGGCCAGAUUCGCAGCAUGCUGCGCUUCGACGGCAUCCUCUUGUGCUUUUGCUACGGGCUGCGAAGACAAUGCGAUGGCAUUUUCGAAAGGCGCAACGUCUAAUUGCGGUCCAAUGCGAUGCCAAACACGGCAAAUAUUUUCAACAUACGGAAUAGGGGAUCCGGUUCUCAUGCCCCUCUGUGCUAGCUCGGGCGAAAUAGAACUGUUAUAUCGGACAGUACCGACGACUUCAAGUUUAGCCCUGCCUCUUACAGCUGUUGACACCACCGGCGCGUUAUCAACACACCCGCCAAUGAUGGUCACGAUUAUGGACGCUAAUGGCUACCCAGAGCCAGCAGCAACUGCCGUACAAGCUAAUCAGGGCACUCGUGCGACAACUGACUCCCUAUCACCUAACUUAGUUGGUAUAAUUGUCGGCUCUACGUUUGGGUCUGCUGCGAUUGUGGCAUUAGCGGUGGUUGCAUUCUUGUAUAGGCGAGGGCAAGACAGGGAAAAGCGAGCGACCAAAAAUCGCGAGCGAAAUUGGAAAAUACGACCGGAGACACCGGAGUCAUGUGAUGGGGAAUCUCAUGUCUCCGUAGCGGGUUCAAAACGGAGAUAUUCAGACCCUUACAGGAGCAGACCGAUCGAAUUAUCGCCUAUGCCUAGGACAUGGCGAUGACACUUCACAAAUCCAUUUUCGCAACUUCUUAAAAUACAUAUUGCAACCUGCAUUUAUUAUGUAUAACGUAUAAUAUCCAUGUAUUAUAAAGCAUGCCUCGGCGUUUGGGAGGUUGUUAGGUUGGGUAGCAUUCAGGCACGGGUAACAAAAAAAAUCAAGAUUCCUUGUUUACCCAAGCCUCUCCAUGAUGUAGCAGUGAUAGUUUAUGAUUGGCAGUAUCACGUGGUUCAUUUGGAGUACAUACCAAAAAUGGAGGACGACAUCAUUUCAAUCCUUUUUAUGAGAUGUUCUUUUACAAGAUGGAACAUAUCCUCUCAACUAAACAGCCAGUUGAACCACUUGGCGAAAGAGUUCCUAUGGUUGUUAAGCAAGAUAUCUAACAUAUAUAGGGGGGGGGAACUUACCUGGGCGGUGCCGGGACGAACUUGUUAGUGUAGUCUUCGACCGCAGCCACGUCUCUGAGCAAGUCCACUUCAUAUGGCCUACAAUGCCGGGUCUUAUGAACUAGCUUCCAGCCAAUGAAGAGUAUUGGACAUAUGGCAACCAUAACGUAGCUAAUUCAACCGUUAGCUAUGAUCUAUUGGGUAUCUAGAACAUA